CGUCUGUGAGCUGGAGGAUAGACGCCGAGGCGACGAAGACCUGCGGAAAACCGUUACACAGGAGCGCUGCUUUUCUUUCUGCUCACACCGAACCGCUAUAACGGCAGAUCAGGGCGUGUACCGGGACAAUCAUGCGCUCGUGCGGAUGGGAACGGAAGCGGCUGCAGAUUUAACGCGUAUUUUCAUGUCUGAGGCGGAUCGUCGGGAGAACUCGAGUCGUUUGGGCGCAUCAGCGCGUUUUCUGCGGCCGCGCGCAUCACAUUGACAGCCAUUAUUAGAAGCGGCCGCUCGCGUUCACCGCGGAUGCUGCGACCUGAAUCCCGGAGCGCUGCUUUUUCCUGACAUCACACCGUCAUCCUCCGCUGUGACAGACGUCUCCAGACGCGCGGUGUCGUCGACGGGAGUCCGGGGGAUUUGCUGGAUCGAUAAAUCCCCUCCACACCUGAACUGUGUUUUAUCUGAGAUCUCUGUGAGGAUCUAUCGGCGGGAGGAUGGCUGACGACGACGUGCUGUUUGAGGAUGUGUACGAGCUCUGUGAGGUGAUCGGAAAGGGUCCGUUCAGUGUGGUUCGCAGAUGCAUCAACAGAGACACCGGUCAACGGUUCGCUGUGAAGAUUGUAGAUGUGGCCAGUUUCACCUCCAGCCCUGGACUCAGUACAGAGGAUCUGAAGCGUGAGGCGAGUAUCUGUCACAUGCUCAAACAUCCUCAUAUCGUGGAGCUUCUGGAGACGUACAGUUCAGACGGGAUGCUCUACAUGGUCUUUGAGUUUAUGGAUGGGGCAGAUCUGUGUUUUGAGAUUGUGAAGAGAGCUGAUGCUGGGUUUGUCUACAGUGAAGCUGUGGCCAGUCACUACAUGCGACAAAUACUUGAAGCGCUGCGCUAUUGCCAUGACAACAAUGUCAUACACAGAGAUGUCAAGCCUCAUUGUGUGCUGCUGGCAUCUAAAGAGAACUCUGCUCCUGUGAAACUGGGUGGUUUUGGAGUGGCUAUACAGCUGGGAGAGUCUGGACUCGUGGCUGGAGGUCGUGUGGGCACUCCUCACUUCAUGGCUCCAGAGGUGGUGAAGCGUGAGCCGUACGGGAAGCCCGUGGAUGUUUGGGGUUGUGGGGUGAUUCUUUUCAUCCUGUUAAGCGGCUGUUUGCCCUUUUACGGCACUAGAGAACGUCUGUUUGAAGCCAUCGUCAAAGGCAAAUACAAGAUGAAUCCUCGUCAGUGGGCUCAGAUCUCAGAGAGCGCUAAAGAUCUGGUGCGGCGGAUGCUGAUGCUCGACCCCGCUGAGAGAAUCACUGUUUAUGAAUCUCUCAAUCACCCCUGGCUCAAGGAGAGAGAUCGUUACUCUUAUAAAAUUCACCUGCCAGAAACUGUUGAGCAGCUGAGGAAGUUUAACGCUCGGAGGAAACUGAAGGGCGCCGUGCUCGCUGCCGUAUCAAGCCACAAGUUCAACUCGUUUUACGGCGACCCUCCCGAAGACCUGCAUGAUUUCUCAGAGGACCCCACGUCUUCAGGAUUGCUUGCUGCAGAAAGGGCCGUGUCUCAAGUUCUGGACAGUCUAGAGGAGAUUCACGCAUUGACAGACUGCAGUGAGAAAGAUCUGGACUUCCUGCACAGCGUCUUCCAGGACCAACAUCUGCACAUACUGCUAGAUUUGUAUGAUAAAAUCAACAGUCGAUCUUCACCUCAAAUCAGAAACCCUCCCAGUGAUGCCGUUCAGAGAGCGAAAGAGGUCCUGGACACCCUUUCCUGUUACCCAGAGAACAUGGAGGCAAAAGAACUGAAGAGAAUUCUCACUCAGCCACAUUUCAUGGCUCUGCUACAGACCCAUGAUGUGGUGGCUCAUGAGGUUUACAGCGACGAGGCGUUGAGAGUGACUCCGCCCCCCACCUCACCGUACCUGAACGGAGACUCGCCCGAGAGCAUCAACGGAGAGAUGGACCUGGAGAACGUCACGCGUGUGCGACUGGUGCAGUUCCAGAAGAACACGGAUGAGCCCAUGGGCAUUACUCUGAAGAUGAACGAUCUGAAUCACUGUAUCGUAGCAAGAAUCAUGCACGGAGGAAUGAUCCACAGACAAGGAACGCUGCAUGUGGGAGACGAGAUUCGUGAAAUAAACGGCAUCAGUGUCGCAAAUCAAACAGUGGAGCAGCUGCAGAAGAUGCUGCGUGAGAUGAGAGGCAGCAUCACGUUCAAGAUUGUACCGAGUUAUCGCAGUCAGUCUAUAUCCUGUGAUAAAGAGUCACCGGAUGUGUCCAGACAGUCUCCUGCUAAUGGACACUCCAGUGUCACCAGCUCAAUAUUAGAUUUACCAUCGACUAUCCAGCCGAAAGGUCGACAGAUCUCCAGAUCUGCAGUGAAGGAUAAAUUGUUCCGUAAGAUCUACGUGCGAGCACAAUUCGAGUACGACCCGUCUAAAGACGACCUGAUUCCCUGUAGAGAGGCGGGCGUGCGCUUCAGAGUGGGCGACAUCAUUCAGAUCAUCAGUAAAGACGAUCAUAACUGGUGGCAGGGCAAACUGGAGAACACGAAGAAUGGCACGGCGGGACUGAUCCCAUCACCGGAGCUGCAGGAGUGGCGUGUCGCAUGUAUAGCCAUGGAGAAAACCAAACAGGAGCAGCAGGCGAGCUGUACGUGGUUCGGCAAGAAGAAGAAACAGUAUAAAGACAAAUAUUUAGCCAAACACAACGCAGUGUUUGAUCAACUAGAUCUGGUGACGUAUGAAGAGGUGGUGAAGCUGCCGGCAUUCAAGAGAAAAACACUGGUGCUGUUGGGUGCUCAUGGGGUCGGCAGGAGACACAUCAAAAACACACUCAUCGCCAAACAUCCCGACAGAUUCGCCUAUCCUAUUCCACACACGACUCGACCGCCGAAGAAAGACGAGGAGAACGGGAAGAACUAUUUCUUUGUGUCACAUGACCAGAUGAUGCAGGACAUCUCUAAUAAUGAUUAUCUGGAGUACGGCAGCCAUGAAGACGCCAUGUACGGCACGCGCCUCGAGACCAUCCGCAAGAUCCACGAGCUGAACAUGGUCGCCAUCCUGGACGUAGAGCCACAGGCGCUGAAGGUUUUGCGAACGGCUGAAUUUGCACCGUACGUCAUCUUCAUUGCCGCACCGACCAUCACCCCCGCUAUGAAUGAGGACGAGUCUCUGCAGCGACUGCAGAAGGAGUCGGAGGCGUUACAGCACUCGUACGCGCAUUACUUCGAUCAGACCAUCAUCAAUAACGAGAUUGACGACACCAUCCGUCUGCUGGAGGAAGCCAUUGAUCUGGUGUCCAGCACCUCACAGUGGGUGCCCGUGUCCUGGGUGUACUAACAAACACCCUCAUGUGCCCACAGCCAUUCCUCAUUAAACACUCACACACUCGCAAGAACUACCGGUGUGUAGUGCUGUAUAUAUCUAUACAUAUAUAAAUAGCUAUAAAUAUGAAUAUAUAAGUCAUAGAUAUGGUCAUGUACUUAUAACGAGGGGGGGUUGAUGAUGUUUUAUACUCUUUUCUUUUUAAAUGUACGAGACGGCGUCUCAUAGCAAUGAUGAGCACAGUCAGUCGUGGGGGGAGGGGGGUACUCCACCCCCUUCAGACCCCAUCCAAUCCAAACCUAUUGUCUGUGGGCGUGGUUACGGUGACACGCCCACCGACAGUCGAUAAGCACAGUUGACCGUGCCACAAUCCCCCCUCUCCUUUAUGUGCACGAGCACCAUUUGCACGGACCCCGAACAGAACUGUGAGAUGGCUCGCCACAUUCUGUCCUUCCCUGGUCACUGAGACUCGAGGGCCCGUUUCAUCCACCCCUCUGUUUACAGAUGUAGGUUUGCACAAGGGCAGCAGAGGGCGCUCUUCCUCUGUGUUCCUCUUCCUCUAGAUGUCUGUAUGUUAAUCCUUCACAGUCGAGAGCGCAGAAAGCGUGUGCAGUCGGUGUCACCAGUGUUACGACAUCAUCUCCUGGAGGAAAUUUCCCGCUUGUUUCCCAGUCUGCUCUGAGAGAGGCAAGGAAGUGGGACGGACACCCAUGCACACUCACACAACCUCUGAAUGGACAGCUUCCCUCAUGAACCUGUGUAGUGACGUGUUUGUAAAUUGUCCUGGAUUUGAUUUCUUGUGCGGAACUGGAGGAAAUUCUUCAUUAAUCGAUCAGUCAUUUCAGGAAAUGUGUCUUAAAAGAGUAUUAUUGUUUUACUUUGAGAAAACCCAUUAUUGUGUGUAAAUGUUUCAAUGGUGCGUACAUUUUGCGAUUGAAAUGAAGUAGUGUGCAUAAACAUAAUUGAACAGACUGUGUGUGAACUCUUCAUUUCAUAUUGCCCUGUGUAAAUUCCUGUGCAAAUGAUCAAACUUCUCUUCAGUAUGUUUGUUUUUUUAUCUCUUUCCUUUCAUGUGUUGAAAAAGUAAAUUGAAAUUUGAAA